AACGGGACCGCGCACGUGAUUCGGGGCCGCGCACGCAGGCCGUGGCGCGCACGCAGAGAGUCUGCACAGCGCACGCAGCGGCGGGCUCUUCGGUGCCGAGGUGCGGGACGUGGCGAGGGGACCGUGGGAUUGUUAAUCUUUGGCAACUUCUGAAGUCUCAAAGCUCUGUAUCAAGGAAGAUCACACAGCAGUCUGUCAGCUAGAGGAUGGACCGUUUGGGUUCCUUUAGCAAUGAUCCAUCUGAUAAGCCACCUUGCAGAGGCUGCUCCUCCUACCUCAUGGAACCUUACAUUAAAUGUGCUGAAUGUGGGCCUCCUCCUUUCUUCCUGUGCUUGCAGUGUUUCACUAGAGGAUUUGAGUACAAGAAACAUCAGAGUGAUCAUACUUACGAAAUAAUGACCUCAGACUUCCCCGUUCUUGAUCCCAGCUGGACAGCUCAGGAAGAGAUGGCACUUUUAGAAGCUGUUAUGGACUGUGGCUUUGGGAAUUGGCAGGAUGUUGCUAAUCAGAUGUGCACCAAAACCAAGGAAGAGUGUGAGAAGCACUACAUGAAACAUUUUAUCAAUAACCCUUUGUUUGCAUCCACCCUGCUAAACCUGAAGCAAGCUGAGGCAGCCAAAACUGCCGACACAGCCAUUCCAUUUCACUCUGCAGAUGACCCUCCCCGGCCUGCCUUUGAUUCGUUGCUGUCUCGGGACAUGGCAGGAUACAUGCCAGCUCGGGCAGAUUUCAUUGAGGAGUUUGACAAUUAUGCAGAAUGGGACUUAAGAGACAUUGAUUUUGUUGAAGACGACUCGGACAUCUUACACGCUCUGAAGAUGGCCGUGGUGGAUAUCUAUCAUUCCAGGUUAAAAGAGAGGCAAAGACGAAAAAAGAUUAUAAGAGAUCACGGAUUAGUCAACCUUAGAAAGUUCCGACUGAUGGAGCGUCGGUAUCCUAAGGAGGUCCAAGACCUUUAUGAAACGAUGAGGAGAUUUGCAAGGAUUGUGGGACCAGUGGAGCACGACAAGUUCAUUGAAAGCCAUGCAUUGGAAUUUGAACUCCGAAGGGAAAUCAAGAGGCUCCAAGAAUAUAGGACAGCAGGCAUUACCAAUUUUUGUAGCGCCAGGACUUAUGACCACCUGAAGAAGACACGCGAGGAGGAGCGCCUUAAACGCACCAUGCUCUCAGAAGUUCUCCAGUACAUCCAGGACAGCAGUGCGUGCCAGCAGUGGCUGCGCCGGCAGGCUGACAUUGAUUCUGGGCUGAGUCCUUCUGUUCUGAUGGCUUCCAACUCAGGAAGACGCAGUGCACCACCCUUGAACCUCACGGGUCUCCCUGGAACAGAGAAACUCAAUGAAAAAGAAAAGGAGCUCUGUCAGGUGGUAAGGUUGGUACCUGGAGCCUAUUUGGAAUAUAAGUCUGCUCUAUUGAAUGAGUGUCACAAGCAGGGAGGCUUGAGACUGGCACAAGCAAGAGCACUCAUCAAGAUAGACGUGAACAAAACCCGGAAGAUCUAUGACUUCCUCAUCCGAGAAGGGUACAUCACGAAAGCCUGAGUCUCUGCUGGGCAGUGCAAGCCAGAACAAUGAACGUGGCCAGUUAAAGGGCAGUGUCCAUAUUCCAGAGACUCCUGCUUGAGUUGGAUUCUUACUGUGAGAAGAAACCUCUUCUCGGCCCUCUGUCAAGUGCUCCUUUUGGGAGAAUAGUGCUGCAGCCUGUGUGCUCCCCAACAUUCAACACCAUGGGCGUUCAUUCCGACAACCUCUUGUCAGUCAGACAAGAGCCAUAGGACCUCAGGUCAUGGCUUUGGUGGGCAUAGAGGGAAACCGAGCCACAGCAUUUCAUCCCAGAAGGCCAGCUAGGAUCCACGCACUAGAGAGCAAAGGUCACUCACUCUGCCUUCCCAUCUUGUGGGCAGAUUUUAAAUGAAGGUUUUAGAGUGCAGGAAAGCCAAGGAUUUUUCUUUUUUUAUCCUGACAUCUUAGUUUACGAGAUGAAGAGGUGGAACUCUCCCCCAUGGUGGUCUGUCUGGAACUUGAUUUUAACUGUAAUGUCUGGCUUUGUACUUUGCAGUCUGGCUGUCUGAUGUGCAGUCGACUCGAGGAGGUGGCACCGGAUAUAAAAUGUCUGUUAUUUUUAGAAUUAAUGGAUUAAAGUGUUUUGCUAUGUAA